GUUACCCCAGUCGCAGUGACCCAGCACCACACACCUCAAGUACAUUCUACCUUCUUGCGCCAAGCAUCCAUUUCAACCAUGGGUGAUAUAGUGGACUCAAUGCUCGACCUCAUGCGUCGUCUCCCGCCAACACGGGUGGAGGAGAACGUCCAAGCAUUGAUUGACAUCUGUCCGGACUACGCAGACGAUCUCCUGGGCAGCGUAGAUCAGCCCCUCCAGCUUAGGACGGAUCGCGCAACUGGGCGCGACUAUCUAGCCUGCGACUACAACAGGGAUGGAGAGAGCUAUCGCUCGCCAUGGUCAAACGAAUACGAGCCUCCGCUUGAUGAUGGCACUACACCCUCUCCCAAACUCCGCAAGCUCGAGAUCACAGCCAACGAGGCAUUCGAUACUUAUCGCGAGAUGUACUUUGAGGGCGGCGUUUCCUCCGUGUAUCUUUGGGACUUGGACGAUGGCGGGUUCGCCGGAGUAAUCUUGCUCAAGAAAGUCAUGAACCCCACGAACAAUGAUGAGCCCGCCGGCACAUGGGACUCCAUCCAUGUCUUCGAGGCAUCCGAGCGAGGACGACAAGCGCAUUACAAGCUGACGUCAACGAUCAUGCUGCAGCUUGUCACUCGCCAAAAUUCGGAUGAGUCCGGUGAUGGUAGCCUUUCUGCACAGGCCAAGGAAAAAUUGGGAUCAUGGAAAAGAAAUGGUGAAGUCACCUUGGGCGGAAGUAUGACGCGACAGAUCGAACAGGAUUGGCCCUUACAAGACUCGUCUUCGCAUGUCUCCAACACGGGUCGGAUGGUCGAAGACAUGGAGAUCAAGAUGCGCAACUUGCUGCAAGAGGUGUACUUUAACAAGACACGUGAUAUCGUAUACGAUCUACGUAGUGUGGAUGACCUGGAAAAGGCGCGGAGGCAAAGAGAGCUACAGAAGGAGCUUGUCGGGUUUAUUAAGCGGUGAUCGACACGCCCAUCAACCGUGAGGUGGCCAGAUUCCCUGGGUGGAGGGGCCGAUGACCCGAUGUCUCGUGUCAUCGUGAUGCGAGCGCUGCAUCCGCUAUCGGGUUCGCGUGUAUCGUUAUCUGAGAGUGGAGCUCAAUAUAAGACGUAACCAUAGCGUGCGCG